AUGCGCCUGGGAGCAGCAGCAGCAGCAGCAGCAGCAGCAGCAGCAGCAGCAGGAGCAGCAGCAGGACAAUGGCAGCGCCGCUUGCUGCUGCAGCGCGCUGGACUCGCCCGCGUCUGUCUCCUACGCUGUCAUGGCAGCAGCAGACAGCUGCUGGGCACCCGAGACAAAAGGGCCCUGCAGCGAACCCUCUGCAGCAGCAGCAGAGCAGGGGGGCCCCCAGCAGCAAGGGGGCCCCUCGGAAGAGGGGCCCCCCAACCCCUCCCAGACUAUUAG